ACACACGCGCGCGCACAUGCACAUAGGCACACACAGAUAAGCACACACACACACACAAACGCACUCAGAUUCCCGGGACCCUGGUUUUCCUCCUGAGACCUUUUCGGGGCGGGGCUCUCACCCUCCAGAAGCAGCCCCGCCUUGGAGUGGCCCCACCCUCUCCUGGGACCUGUCAUAAAGCGGUCCUCGGGCGCCCGGCCGCGCAGUCCCAGCCGCCUUCCCCAGGCAGUGGAACCCUCAGGCUCUUGAGCUUCAGGAUGGUUCGUACUAAGAUAUGGACCCUGAAGAAGCACUUUGUUGGCCAUCCUACUAAUAGUGACUUUGAGUUGAAGACAGCUGAGCUACCACCCUUAAAAAAUGGAGAGGUCCUGCUUGAAGCUUUGUUCCUCACCGUGGAUCCUUACAUGAGAGUUGUGGAAAGUAAAAAUGCAGACCUACCAAAAGGAACUAUUGUACUGACUUCUCCAGGCUGGACAACACACUCCAUUUCUGAUGGGAAAGAUCUGGAAAAGCUGCUGACAGAGUGGCCAGACACAAUACCACUGUCUUUGGCUCUGGGGACAGUUGGUAUGCCAGGCCUGACUGCCUACUUUGGUCUACUUGAAAUCUGUGGUGUGAAGGGUGGAGAAACAGUGAUGGUUAGUGCAGCAGCUGGAGCUGUGGGCUCUGUUGUGGGGCAGAUUGCAAAGCUCAAGGGCUGCAAAGUUGUUGCAGCAGCAGGGUCUGAUAAAAAGGUUGCCUACCUUCAAAAGCUUGGAUUUGAUGUUGUCUUUAACUACAAGACAGUAGAGUCUUUGGAAGAAACCUUGAAGAAAGCCUCUCCUGAUGGUUACGAUUGUUAUUUUGAUAAUGUAGGUGGAGAGUUUUCAAACACUGUUAUCAGCCAGAUGAAGAAAUUUGGAAGGAUUGCCAUAUGUGGAGCCAUCUCUACAUAUAACAGAACCGGCCCACUUCCCCCAGUUGGGCUCAUUCAAUCAGUUUUGUUGCUGCGAAAACAGGUAGGUGGAGAGUUUUCAAACACUGUUAUCGACCAGAUGAAGAAAUUUGGAAGGAUUGCCAUAUGUGGAGCCAUCUCUACAUAUAACAGAACCGGCCCACUUCCCCCAGGUAAUGAGCACAUGCACACGAUCCCACAUGUCACAAGGCUGGACAAGGAGAAAAUUCACAGAUAUGCCAUAGGCCAGUGA